AUGCUUCUGAAUACCCCCGUCCCGAAAGGUACUGAUGGCGAAGACGUUUACGUCUGGAAUUGCGGUUCAUCUACCAGGUACUCUUUCUCGACAUCCCAAACUUGGGAUACUUUGCGGUCAUUGGCCCCUCCGGUAAACUGGUAUAACGCUGUUUGGUUCAAAGGCCACAUUCCUAAACAUGCAUUUCUUUUCUGGAUUGCUCAACUCGAUCGUAUGCCUGUAAUGGCCAGACUUGCGCGAUGGGGUAUUGUCGCUUCAUCAUCAUGUACUCUUUGCAGUCUCUUCACUGAGACAAGAGACCAUCUACUCCUCCACAGCGACUUCUCCAAAUUGGUGUGGGACAAGAUAUUUGUCAAACUCGGGUACACAAACCCACCUUUCCAUGACUGGGGGUCCAUGUGCACUUGGUUGUUGACUCCGGCGAAUGAGGAGGUGACUGUUAUUAGGAAGUUAGCCACCCAGGCGACAACUUACCUCCUAUGGCGAGAAAGGAAUGCUCGGAUUCACUCAGGCAUCUCUUCUACCCCUGAAGGCGUCUUCAAGACCAUCGACCGCUCCAUAAGAGAUAAUCUGCUUGCGAAGUGUCGGAGGAUUCCCUCCACUUUGCUUUCUCGGUGGUUCACUUAUAGCUAA